AUGAAAACAAACAAAUUAACUUUCCUUAUCUUCUUUCCUUUCUUCAGCCACAGCGAUUUUUUCGGGAGAAUUUAUACUCUUACUGUCCAGAUAUAUCGUCACAUAUAUGGCACUAUCAGUUUGUGCAUUAUCUAUCUAUCUAACUCAGUUCGUUUAUAUCUAUCUAUCUAUCUAAGUUUGUUUAUAUCUAUCUAUCUAACUCAGUUCGUUUAUAUCUAUCUAUCUAUCUCAGUUCGUUUAUAUCUAUCUAUCUAUCUAAGUUCGUUUAUAUCUAUCUCAGUUCGUUUAUAUCUAUCUAUCUAUCUAUCUCAGUUCGUUUAUAUCUAUCUAUCUAUCUCAGUUCAUUUAUAUCUAUCUAUCUAUCUCAGUUCGUUUAUAUCUAUCUAUCUAUCUAGUUCGUUUUCGUUUAUAUCUAUCUCAGUUCGUUUAUAUCUAUCUAUCUAUCUAUCUCAUUCGUCUCAUCUAUCUAUCUCAGUUCGUUUAUAUCUAAGAAUCUAUCUCAGUCUAUUUAUAUCUAUCUAUCUAUCUAUCUAUCUAAGUUCAUUUAUAUCUAUCUAUCUAUUUAAGUUCAUUUAUAUCUAUCUAUCUAUCUCAGUUCAUUUAUAUCUAUCUAUCUAUCUAUCUAUCUAUCUCAGUUCAUUUAUAUCUAUCUAUCUAUCUAUCUAUCUAUCUAUCUCAGUUCAUUUAUAUCUAUCUAUCUAUCUAUCUAUCUCAGUUCAUUUAUAUCUAUCUAUCUAUCCAUCUCUCUAUCUCAGUUCAUUUAUAUCUAUCUAUCUAUCCAUCUAUCUAUCUCAGUUCAUUUAUAUCUAUCUAUCUAUCCAUCUAUCUAUCUCAGUUCAUUUAUAUCUAUCUAUCUAUCUAUCUAUCUAUCUAUCUAUCUAUCUAUCUCAGUUCGUUUAUAUCUAUCUAUCUAUCUAUGCAUAA